AUGGCCGAAAGAUACAACAGGAGUCCAAUUAAAGCGUCGUUGUACGCUGUUUGGACAUAUAAAAAUGGUUUCAAUAGAAACGACAAAUACAAGCAAGCUCGUGACUUGAAUGCUGACAGUGAGAAAGAAAAGCAAAAUGUUCUUGGAAGUACAGUUGCAGAAAACAAAAACUCAGAGUACGCAGACAGACUCAGCGAUAGUGUUAUAGCGGAGGCAACUGAUUCACUAGAAGAUACAUUAGAAGAUGAGGAGGUUAGAAAAAAUGUAUGGAGCGACGUGGACGACGAACUUUACAUAGCGAAUUUAAUUAAAGAGAGGACUUCAAAUGAAGUGAAACGCGAAAAACGUGAUACUAGUGGUUAUUUAAGUGAUAGUGAUAUCAGUGAGAAGGUUGUGAGUAGUGUUAAGUUAGAUUACGCGAUGUGGGAGAUAGAACCCACGGAUUUGACGGAGUGCGACUGUCUUGGACCUCCACCGGAGUUCCUGUUGCCGCCACCGCCUCGACCACCGUUCCUGCAAGCGGAGUACUAUUGCGGGGACGAUCCUAUUCCAGAUUUGGAGACUUGCGACACGGAACCAAAGAUAGACGCAUAUAACCACAGUGGACCAUCCCUGCAGACGUCUGCGGUGAUCGCACUGUGCUCAAUAGUGCUGCUCGUAGGAGUUCUUAUCGGUGCCAUCCUUGUUUGGAAACAUAAACGGAAAGUCACCAAUCUGCUCCCAUCGAAGUCAUCAGCACCAACACAGAGCAGCGGCUCCCAGCGCAGAGCUCCUCCACCAGCUCCCUUAUACGAAGACUUGCAAGACCUUCCCAGAAGACCACCCUUACCGCACAGACCUGAACUAGAGCCACAGUUGGAGAUGGUUGAAACAAAACGACCGAACUGCCCGAGCCGAGUGUUUGUGUGCGGUACCGGCGGUACUUGGCGAGGUGGCAACAGCUGUGGUGGUGACACAUGUGGGGCUCCACUAUACGAGGAGCUACCCCAUAGAUCAGACGACUCCUUACACAGCGACGACCAUUUCGCUGAAGACGAGCUCAGCCUUGUCGGAGAAGCAGCGCCUUGUCGAACCUGUUCUCGACCACCAGCUCCACAAUCGCUUCCUCAUCGGCCUAGACAACAGCGAAUGGACAGGAGACCUAAAUCUUUGGAAAGACGACGAGCACAGCAUAGAAUGCAGCGUCACAUUCAUCCACCUGGACCACCUGAUCCUACGGAGUUCCAUGAGGGUGUUCUUUUGGAUGCUUUGUUGAGACUGUAUCCCCAAGUUGGAACGGUUGGUGCGAGGCCGCAAGGACCGUUACCAAUGAGUGCUGGAGGAGCAUGGCCUGGUGGUGAACUGCCUGGGAUCGCCUGUUGGCGAGGACCGCGGGCAUCACCGAAGCCCCCGAGUGGGGAUUCCUCGUUCGGCUCCGAUUCUGGUUAUAGUAAUAAUACGUGCGGGACAUGUGGUACUAGGGCAUCGUCCAGACACCGAUUGUCUGCAGAAAUACCGAUGUCAUGA